AUGGCCAUAACACCAUUCAUACGAUUCUUGUGCAUACCUCAUGUACACCUCAGACAAUCAAGUAGCAAAAACGACUGCGUUAGAAAUAUUCAAUCAUUACUGGCAAGCAACUCGGAAACAUUUCAAAUCCUUUGCUGUGUCCACAACGAAGAAAGUGUAUGCAACAUGAUCGCCCUCCUGGAGGCGUCAAACCCGACAGAAGCAAGCCCGAUUUGUGCCUACAUUUUCCAUGCAGUCAAACUCACUGGCAGCGCAGCACCACUACUAGUCCCUCACAUGAAACAGAAGAAGAAAUUUACACACAGAAGUGUACCCACGAAUGUUCAUAUAAUGCGAACCUUUGAGAAUUACUUGAAAAAUUCGAAAGGGCCGGUUGUAAUUGAAGCCUUCACUAUGACCGCCCCCUAUAAAAGCAUGCGUGAGACGAUUUGCCUUGAAGCCAAUGACAAGAAAGUUCCUCUAAUUAUCAUACCAUUUCAUGAAAACCACAAGGAUGUGAUUGGUCCCAACUGUCCGACUAAGGCAAUAGGCCAAUUCAACAUUAACGUACAAUCAUAUGCUCCAUGUGCAGUUGGGAUACUAGUUGAUAGAAGCCUGUCUUGCCGGCUGAGCUUGAAUCACUUCUCUUACAAUGUUGCGGUGUUUUUCAUUGGCGGGCCUGAUGAUCGCGAGGCAUUAGCUUACUCAGCACACAUGUCGGGUAAUACCAAAGUUUCCAUCUCGGUGUUCAGGUUUAAUUUGGCGGAGACAGUAAUAGAAGAAGAGCAGCUGAAAGAAGCGAAGCUCGACCAGGCUUUGGUUGACGAGUUUAAGCUAAGCAACAUUGGGAAUGAUCGCUUGAAUUGGCAUGAAAUGGAGGUGGAUGACGGCGUGCAGCUUAUGGAUGCCAUUAGGCAGUCACAUGGCGAUUACGACCUUGUGAUGGUGGGACGGAGACACUCGGAAAUGUCACUAAGUAAUGAAGAAAUGGUAGAUUUUAUGGAGAACGCGGAGCUGGGAGUGAUCUGCGACAUGCUUGCUUCCUCAGAUUUUGUGGUGGAAUGGUGAAUGUGUUGGUGAUGCAAGAAAGUAGGGAAUUCGAACU